AUGAAGCUCGCCGUCUUCUCCGCCAAACCCUACGACAAGACCUACCUCACCAACGCUUGCGCCUCGGAGAUCGACAACUCCGCUGGCAUCGAUAUCACCUACCACGAAUUUGCACUCUCCCCCGAGACCGUCCCUCUCGCCGCGGGCGCCACGGCCGUCUGCGUCUUCGUCAACGACAGCCUCAACGCCGAUGUCCUCUCCUCCCUCCACGCGAGCGGCGUCCGCGCCAUCCUCCUGCGCUGCGCCGGCUACAACAACGUCGACCUGGCCGCCGCCGAGCGCCUCGGCCUCUUCGUCGCCAACGUGCCGUCCUACUCCCCCGAGGCCGUCGCCGAAUUCGCCGUCGCCCUGAUCCAGACGCUCAACCGCAACACGCACAAGGCAUACAACCGCACACGCGAGGCCAACUUCGCGCUCGACGGUCUCCUGGGACGGACCCUGCACGGCAAGACGGUAGGCGUCGUGGGCACGGGCAAGAUCGGCGUCUCGUUCGCACGCAUCAUGUCCGCCGGCUUCGGCUGCAAGGUCGUCGCCUUCGACCCCUACCCGAACGACGAGUUCAAGAAGCAUGGCGCGUACGUGCCGGAGCUGGAGACAUUACUCUGCCAAGCCGACGUCGUGAGCCUGCACUGCCCGCUCACGCCGCAGACGCGGCACCUGCUGAACGCGGAGUCGCUCGCGCAGAUGAAAGAGGGCGCCAUGCUGGUCAACACGUCGCGCGGCGGCCUGAUCGACACGCGCGCCGUCAUCGCCGCGCUGAAGCGGAGACACCUGGGCGGCCUGGCGCUGGACGUGUACGAGGGCGAGGGCGCGCUCUUCUACAACGAUCACAGCGGCACCAUCAUCGACGAUGACGAGCUCAUGCGUCUGACGACGUUCCACAAUGUGCUGGUGUGCGGACACCAGGCCUUCUUCACCGAGGAGGCGCUGCGCGAGAUCGCCGACUGCACGGUGCGCAACCUGGCGGACUUCGUGCAUGCUCGCGAGUGCAAGAACUCGCUGGUCCCGCAGGGAGGCGGGACGCUGGCUAGUAAGGACUCGGUUCCUAUUCGGAUCUAG